GUUUUUUUUUGGGAUAAGAUUCAGAAAAACGGUCUUAAAUACCGAAUACAGAAAAAGCUUGUAUCCCGUUCCCAUACGAAUCGGGUCUCAUUACAUAUACAGCUCAAAAUUCCAUAAUUUUUGAUUAAGAAAGAAAAAAAAAGAGAUUCUAUAAUUUUCUGGAGAAGGGAGUGGAUGACAAAUUCAGAAAAAAGAUACAAUUUUGUGUCGCUAGAGUGAUAUACAAAGACCUGGGUCAUUCUCAAUUGCUGUAUUUCAUCGAUUCACGGUUAGAAUUACUCUGUAGAUUCAAGCCGCUAGUUUCAUACUAUUCAAUUGGGUUAUUUUUCAUAGUGGGGUUUUGAUAACGAUUCGUCAAGUCAUUAGAGUCUUGAAUUCCGAUUACAAAUUGGAUUUUGAUAAGACAAAAGAUAAAAGAAGAUUCCUGGUUGGUUACAGGUAUCUUCAACCAACCAAUCUGAUUCCAGCUUGUAUUUGAUGUGUGAGGAUCUCAUUGAAGAAGAGCAACAAGAGGAUUGUUGGUUUUCGUAAGGUGAUGAUGGAGAGUUCUUAUGAGACGGUGAAUGGUAAUGAAGUGGCUGAUUCCGGCCAUAAAGUCAUUAGGAAUUCUCAGUAUCCAUCUCCUCGGAGCAAAGCUUCAUCGCCUUGGUUUGAAAUGAGAGUAUUCUAUGUGAGGAUUAGUAAUUGCGAGGUUGAUAGUUCAACUCCGGAAUAUCUAACACUUAAUCAUAUCCCGCUUGCUCAUGAUACCUUACUUGAAGUCAAUGGUGGGAGGAGUAGUAUGUUUUCUGAUGGAGUCACUUCGCAACUUAGAAGGGAUCGGGUUGACAAGAAAUCGGAAGAAGCUACUUUUGUGAGCACAGAUAGUAUAAGAAUGACAGGAAGUGUGAAGUUUGAAGUUUUUGAUAGAGAAGAUCUUGUGCUCUCUGGGGUCCUGGAAUUGUCCAAUUGUAAUGGUUUUGUCGGCGAAUCAAAAAACCAUAGCAAGCAGUGGAAUAUGAAUUGUCAAUCGGAAAUAACAUCGGCUUCGGCCUUUUUUAAGGGUAAACAAUCUGAAUCGCACUCGCCAACGAUUGAAGUUUAUGUUGCUGGUUGUUUCUCAGGAACUCCAAUCAUUUUGACUAAAACUCUACAUAUAAAUUUCCGGAGGAAGCAUACAAGGAAAGGAAUGUUAGAUUCAAUACCAGAAUACGAAACGACGGAAUCAAAGAAAGAUGUAGAUUCUGAACUUCCAUUGCAGAUAUCAGGAUACCGGGACUACAAACCAGACAACGACGAAGAUUAUAACAGCUUGUACAUGAGGGAAGAAUAUAUAGAAGGAGAUGAUGGUGAAUUAUCAUGGUUCAAUGCCGGGGUGAGAGUAGGAGUUGGGAUCGGGCUCGGCGUUUGCCUUGGAGUUGGAAUUGGAGUAGGUUUGCUGGUCCGCACAUACCAAACAACUACAAGAACUUUCAAAAGGCGACUGAUAUAGUAUGUAUGGUUCACCUCAAUGCUAGACAGUUGAUCCCCGAGAAUCCAAAAGAAAAAAAGAUAAAAAGUUUUCAAAAACCAGUUAGGUUUUAGCAGUGUUCCUGAGGUGUUCUCUCAGUGUCGCGGAAUGUUUACUCAAAUAUAAGAAUUUCUUGUAGCUGUCUGGAUUCAUAUUGUUGUUGUUUGUUCAACUUGAAAACUGAUAACAAUGAUUUGUUAAAGAAUUUGCAAACCUAGUCUUAGGUAGUUUGGCGUUGCGACUCUUGAUUGUAAGCUUGUAAGACUAUUUUUGUUUGUUCAUACAUAUAGAGUGCAGAGUAUCAAUGGUGUGCAUAUUAGAAAUGAGACUCAAGUUAUCCGUG